UCCAGUUUGUGCCCAUUGCCUCUUGUCCUGUUGCUGCACACCAUGGAAAAGAGCCUGGCCCCAUCCAGUUGAUAUCCAUCCUUCUGCGUAAGUGUUGGUAAGGUCCUAUCUCAGCCUUCUCCAGGCACAUGUGGUAGUAUCUUCCACUAUUUCUGAGCAAUCUUUUUGGCGCAGUAAGAUUUAACAGCCACUCAGAAUAGCUCAGAUCCUUAAAUUUCUGCAGGAUCCCUAGUCUAGAUUUCUAUUAUUCCUAAUUUAGCCUAAGCUUUCAAAGGACUCUUCUCUUUACUGUUAUGCUGAACAUACUAUGUAAUGAUAGCUUUUGGUUUAAGCAGUAUGCACUAAGAUUGCACCAUGUGGAGAUGGUGGUGUGUCCUUUUAUUUUCUGCCUCAUCUUGUGUCCCCUGUUGGGAAUGCCUCCAAGCAUUGUUCUGUGCCUGUUUCCAGCUACACAGCUUGGCAGACCAGGUGUGGGAGUGCAUGAAUUUGUAGCCAAAGAACAUCAGGUGACAAACAAGUCAGCCCCACUGGGUAAAUCAGCACUUGGUCAUUAGAUUCAAAUGCAAGAAAUGGGGACAAGUUGGGAAAACAGAGCAGAUCCACACUGGUGCGAUGUGCGCACGGGGUCAUGAAUGAAUCCCUCUGUUACAGAGGACCAGAGAGAUGGCUGCCAAGGGUUGCUCUGUGCUGCUGCGCUGCUUGAUCCUCACCAGCAACUGUCCCACACCGGCUUCUGUCCACACUGGCACCGCCGCGCGGCAUCAGCCUGACAGAGCCCUUCUCCCGACUUGUCUCAGCUUGAAACUCUUGACAAAAUGCCCAUCUCAGGGCCGCGACCCAGCAAUCUCACGGACUACACCUCCCAGCAUGCUCCGCGCCCCAGGAGGGGCGGGCCGGGCGAGAGGCAUCAUCCAAUGGGAGCGAGCGAUACUGGGAUGUGAGCGCCGGGGCGGGCGGGCCGCUGGAGAACCGCGGGCAGUGCGGGAAUUUCGGACGGCGCGGGAGGAGCGGCGGCUGGGCCCGGAGGAGGCUACGAGAUCUGCGGCGCCUUUCCGCUUCGCUUUCGGCCUUGCCUUCCGUCCUCCGCCGUUGUGGCAGGCUGCGGCCGGACUCUCCCGUUCCUUCUCUGGGGAGUUCGCGCAGUGCCGGCACUCCGCUGUUCCUCCCGGGGGAGCCUGCCCGGGCCGGCAGGGCGAGUGCAGAGGUGAGGGAGGACUAAAAGUGUCGCCGGCAGCUCCGUCACCUGCAGGAAGAUCCCUGCGUGGUCGACGCACAAAGCACUGCCGUGGCUGCGAAGCAGUCCUGAGUUUAUGCUUUCAGAGUGCUUGCAUAUCUUGUGGAUGCUGCCCAUUGAAAGCGAUCAGUGUUUGGCACCUCUGGCCUACUGAUAGUUUGACCAACUUGUAAGUAGGCACGCUGCCAUCCUAACAGAUGGAUAUGAAUAUAGAGAGCCAAGAACCAUGUAUGUGUAUCUAGUUAUUUGUUAAGGGCAGAGAUCCCAGCUGGGGAUGCUCAAACUUAUGUCCAUUUUCAAUUUUUGUUUUUAUGGGUAA